AUGAAUUGGCUCAGCCUCCUCGUCCUGCUGACUGUGGCCGGGCUGGCACACGGGACAUGGGACAACUGUGGAGGGAUAUGUGGGCUCCGACCCAUGGUGUAUGAGUAUGAGUACAUGGAUCAUGACAACGGCACAACACGCGUUGUGGGUGGUGCAGAUGCCCAGCCAGGGGCCUGGCCCUGGAUCGUCAGCCUUAAGCAUCCUGCAAUACCAGGCACAAGACACCUGUGUGGAGGGUCUCUCAUCACUGCAGACUGGGUCCUCACAGCAGCCCACUGCUUUGACAAGAUCAAGAAAAUCGGCAUGGUAUAUCUAGUGAUUGGGGCCACUCAGUUGACUAAGCCAGGACCUGGAGCACAACUGAGACGGAUUAAGAAGUUAAUUCGUCAUGAGAACUAUAAUCCGAGUGACAAAAGUAACGACAUUGCCUUGCUAGAGCUGAGCAAGCCUGUUGACUGCAGCCCCUAUGUCCAGCUGGCCUGUGUGGCUGACCCUGCCCUAAGCCUGUCAGAGCUGCAGAACUGCUGGGUGGCUGGCUGGGGUUCCACUGCUGCAAGAGCUCAAAACUCAAGUGAUGUCCUACAAGAGGCCAAGGUCCAGCUCAUUGAUCUCCAGCUGUGCAACAGCAGUGGCUGGUAUGCAGGGAAAAUCCACACCCACAAUGUGUGUGCUGGUUACCCACAGGGCCGCAUUGACACCUGCCAGGGUGACAGCGGUGGUCCUCUCAUGUGCCAGGACGAAAACAGUGACUUCUUCUGGAUUGUUGGAGUGACCAGCUGGGGAAGAGGCUGUGCCAGAGCAAAGCGACCUGGAAUUUACAUCUCCACUCAGUACUUCUAUGACUGGAUUCUGGCCCAGAUGGGGCUGAGCCCACUUGGAAGUGCUUCCUGA